AUGAUUAACGAUACAUCUGCUUGGAAAGCUCUGGCCAAGCAUGCCAUCGAGAUAAAGGCCACACACUUACGAGAACUUUUGACCGAUGAUAUUCGUAAUGCUGCCAUGCGGACGGAACAGGAGGGCAUUUACCUCGAUUUUUCACGCCAGAAUGCAACGACCAAGACGCUCGACUUGCUGGUCGAGUUGGCCGAGGCUGCUGAGCUUCAAAAGAAGCUACAGGCAAUCGCCUCAGGUGAGCAUGUGAAUGCCACAGAGGAUCGUGCUGUAAUGCACAUGGCGUUACGUGCCUCAAAGUCACAAAAGAUUGUCGUUGAUGGCCACGACGUCGUGCCUGACGUUCACGAGGUAUUGGAGUCGAUCCGGUCUUUCUCUGAUAAAGUACGGGCUGGAUCGUUUGUUGGUGCUACGGGAAAGAAGCUCAAGAAUGUCAUUUCUGUCGGUAUUGGUGGUAGUUAUCUCGGUCCCGAGUUUGUGUUUGAGGCGUUGCGUCACGAACCCGUGGCCAAAGCUGCUGCUGAGGGUCGUAAUCUUCGCUUUCUAGCUAACGUUGACCCUGUGGAUGUGGCUCGUGCUACUAGUGGUUUGAAUCCUGAAGAGACACUUGUGGUGGUCGUGUCCAAGACGUUUACCACUGCAGAGACAAUGCUGAAUGCUCGCACGCUUCGUAAAUGGAUUGUAGAUGAUCUGACUAAGAAGGGUAGUGCUGAGGAAGAUGCCGUGGCUAAGCACGUGGUAGCGGCCAGCUCGGCCGUGCCGCUAGUGCAGGAGUUUGGCAUAGAUCGUGCCAAUAUUUUUGGCUUUUGGGACUGGGUCGGUGGCCGCUACAGCGUCACAAGCGCUGUGGGUAUCUUGCCUUUGGCGUUGCAGUACGGCUUUGAUGUGACGGAACAGUUCUUGGCUGGUGCCCACGCGAUGGACAAACAUCUAUUGGAGGCUCCGUUGCGCAGUAAUCUGCCUGUGCUCAUGGGUCUGCUGGGCGUGUGGAACUCGUCGUUCCUCGGCCACAGCUCACGUGCUCUGUUGCCGUACUCGCAGGCAUUGCUGCGUUUCGCUGCACACAUUCAGCAGGUGGACAUGGAGAGCAAUGGCAAGCGCGUGAGCAUGGAAGGCGUCGACCUUCCGUUUCAGGCCGGAGAAGUGAACUUUGGUGAGCCCGGGACAAACGGCCAGCACAGCUUCUAUCAGCUUAUUCACCAGGGCCGAGUUGUGCCUUGUGACUUCCUAGGCUUCUGUGAGUCACAGAACCCCGUGGAACUUGCGAGCGAACCCGUGUCGAACCACGACGAGCUCAUGUCGAACUUUUUUGCGCAGCCGGAUGCUUUGGCGCGCGGCAAGUCGCUCGAGGACCUCAAGGCCGAGAAUGUGCCCGAGCACCUGCGCAAUCACAAGCUUUUUCCGGGCAACCGCCCUUCCAUCUCGCUGCUCUUCAAGAAGCUAGAUGCGUUCUCAGCCGGCCAACUGCUGGCACUGUACGAGCAUCGUACGGUAGUGCAGGGGUCUAUCUGGGGUAUUAACAGCUUUGAUCAAUGGGGCGUGGAGCUCGGCAAGGUGCUUGCGAAGCAGGUCCGCGCGCAACUCAAUGCUUCACGAACGGACAAGACUCCCGUCAAGGGCUUUAACAGUGCCACUACGAACAUGCUCGAGGCCUACUUGGCAUACAAAGCUUAA